AUGUCUGAUUCUGCUGAAACGGAACUCGAGAUGAAACACAGAAAUAAGUCAGGGGGAGGGUCAUCAUUAUCAUCACUACCAAUGAUGCAAGUAGAGGAUGAGCUACUGUCGGAUAGUAUACGCAUUCAAGAAACAUCGAAGGGUUUCCUCACGCCUGUUGUGUGGUCUAUUUUGGCAUGCGAGGCUGCGGAACGCUUUGCCUAUUUUGGAUUUCGAGCCAUUUUGGUGUUGUAUUUCAAGAAUGCCCUUCAAUUGUCUGAGACUACGGCAAUCGCCUUGUUUGCCUAUGUUGCCAGUUUGGCCUACUUUUCUCCCAUUAUUGGUGCCUUGUUGGCCGAUGGAAGUUGGGGUCGAUAUCGCACCAUCAUCCGCUUUGCGUCCCUCUAUCUCGUGGGUCUCGCUAUUCUCACCGUUGGAGCAUUCCUUCAUUCGAACUAUAAGCAGGGUGGCACUGAUUCUUCAGUAGCAACUGAACUUUCCGAGUCGGAAUUGUUUCAGAAACGAGCCACGACCUUUACUGGCUUAUUCUUUGUUUGUAUAGGAACUGGUGGCAUCAAGCCUUGUGUCAGUGCCUUUGGAGCAGAUCAAGUGGCCUCUCAGUCGAAAGGCAAUGAAUCUCAUGACGACAAUACCGAGCAUGCAGCUGACGAAGGACCAAGUUCCAGCCUUGAAGUUCAAGCAUUCUUUGCUUACUUUUACUUUUGCAUUAAUCUUGGAGCUCUAACUUCGAUAUUCUUGGUUCCAAUCGUCAAGGCGCGCUACGGCUUUGGUUUUGCCUUUUUGGCACCCACAAUUUUUCUUUUCUUUGCAUUGGUGGCAUUUUUGUCCAAACGGAAGGAGUAUGUGCACCAUGUUCCAGGACAACGAGGAUCCUUGGGGAGCAUGUUUUGGCUAUGCGGUCUACUGCUACACGAACGAAUAAAGGAAUGGUGGAGGUCCCCACAAAGUGACUAUCAAAGCAUCCAGCCAUCACCAAGAACCUCUCCGCCAAGUGUGGAGCAGAGCAAUGAGUGGACUGCCCAGCAACUAGAAGAUGCCAACCGUACACUGCAAAUUCUUCCAGUGUUGUCAAUGUUGCCUAUCUUUUGGAUGCUAUACGAUCAACAGGGUUCCGUGUGGACGCUUCAGGCAUCGCGAAUGCAUUUGACGUUUGGAAUUGAACCAGAGCAAAUGAAUGUCAUCAACCCAGUGGAAAUCUUGCUAUUUAUCCCACUCUUUGACAAGUGCAUUUAUCCAUCCAUCGAACGCUUGAUGGGUCGUCCCUUUACACAUUUGUCUCGCAUGGCUUGGGGAAUGUUGUUCUGCGCAAUUUCCUUUUUUGUGAGUGGAGUUUUAGAAUCCGUCCUUCAGGCCCAAGCGGAAGCGAACCAUGAUGAUGUUGAUUCAGAUAGCAACGGCAACGGCAACGGCAAAAGCAACAUAUCCAUUCUCUGGCAACUGCCUCAGAUCACCCUACUUUCCAUUGCCGAAAUAUUACUGUCCGUCACUGGAUACGACUUUUGCUAUUCCAACUCUUCGUCGAGUUGCAAGGCUCUCAUCAUGGCACUCUUCCUUAUGACCACGGCUGGUGGCGACUUUUUUGCGGGAAUCCUGUACAAUGGGCUCUUUCAGGAUAUGAAUCGAGCUACCGUGAUGCACGUUUGUGGUGGACUGAUGAUGUUGAACCUCCUUUUGUUUUUGCGAGUGGCCAAAUGGUGGAACCAGUGCCAAGCCGAACUUCAGAUGACGGGGACACUGCUAACAUCUAGUGGCGGUGACGAGGUAUCAAUGCAACAAGACGAAGGAAUGGGCGGUAGGAAAAGCGACGUUGAACUGACAUGA